AUGUCAUCGGUGGGUCAGCUGGUGCCGCAGGUCACUCGGAGCCCUAACAACGGCACGGUGCGCUUCAACGGGCCACACAUUGAAGGCUCCUUCUGUUCUCUCAUCAACUACAACUAUGACCCAGCCAUCAGUGUUAUAUGCGCCAUGUAUAUUGUUUUUGGCAUUGUGUACACACUCUUUGGUUAUAGAUGCUUCAAAGCCAGCAUGUUCCUGACGGGUUUCACUUUUGGUUCGGCCAUAGUCUACCUCAUCUGCCUCCAGGAGUAUCUGAUGCCUGCUUAUGGCAAUGUUGGUGUGGCGAUGUCAGCGGGGCUGUUAUUUGGUCUCAUCACGAUGCUGAUCCAGUACGUGGGUCUAUUCGUGACGGGCUUCCACACGGGUCUCCUCCUAGCUGUGGCCGGGCUCGCCAUCUACGAUCACUUCCUUGAGGCGAGGAGCCACACGUACUGGCUGUGUGUGGUUGUUCUGCUAGGAUCAGGCAUCUUCUUCGCGAUCGUCAACCUCUACUGGAAGAAAGUGUUGACUAUCUUCGGUACUAGUGUGUACGGCGGAGCGGUCAUCGCUACCUGUCUCGACUACUUCCUGGAGAGGAUGCUCAUGCUGAAGUGGGUGUGGGAGCGCGCCCGCCUGGAGGCUGUCCGCAGUCCCCCGUGUCGUCUGUCGUGGCUGUCUCUGUGUGUGUGGCCGGCCGCGGCGCUGGUGGGGCUGGUGGCGCAGGCGCUGCUCACCGCCUCCGCCGUACACCACACACAGAGCCUGCGCGCACAGAAGAGACGCCUGCAGGGACCGCCCACACGCGACCAGCGGGCAGAGAUGAAGCAGCGCAAGUACCGCUACCUGUACCAGGUGAGGACCGCGCACGGGGACGUGAUCUCGCAGUCGUACGUGCAGGCGCUGCAGAAGAAGGCGCACUGCGGUAACUGGCCGGCGGCGGGGGGCAGCGGGGCGGGGGCGGCGGGAGGCGAGUGCAGCACACUACAGAGUGACUCCACACACCUGACCGUGCUGCCCGCACACACGGACACGGACGAGGACCUGGAGCAGAUCAGACCAGCACACUAA